CACUGGUUGGCUCUCUGUAAAUCGAUACACAAGUUUGCUGAUUUUUUUUUUUUUUUUUUUGCAGCACAACGCUAACGUUUGUUAGCUUCCCCACCUAUCUGACACAAUGACCACCAUCGUUCAUGAUACUACAGAGGCAGUGUGCCUCUCUGCUGACUACAACCUUUACCUCAAGCCUAUUGCCAAAAUGACCGUCAGUGUGGCACUGCCCCAGCUCAAGCUGCCAGGCAAGAGCAUCUCCAACUGGGAGGUAAUGGAGAGGGUAAAGGCCAUGGUGGCUCCAGAGCAGUUUUCAGCCCUGCGAAUCUCUAAGAGCACCAUGGACUUCAUCCGCUUUGAGGGAGAGGUGGAAAACAAGACGGUGGUCAAGAGCCUGCUGGGCCGUCUGGAUGGGAAAAGCAUCAAACUCAGUGGAUUUACUGAUGUAUUGAAGGUUCGUGCAGUAGAGAAUAAGGUGGACUUCCCUACAAGACACGACUGGGACUCAUUUUUCCGCGAUGCCAAGGACAUGAAUGAGACACUGCCAGGAGAGAGACCUGACACUAUCCACCUGGAGGGGCUUCCUUGCCGCUGGUUCAGCCAGAAGGACAGCCAGUAUCCAGAUCGGCCCUCUGAAGAGGUCCUCAUUGCUGUCUUCCAGACCUUUGGCAAGGUGCGAAAUGUUGACAUCCCCAUGCUGGACCCAUACAGAGAGGAAAUGCUGGACAAGAACUUCAAUACAUUCAGCUUUGGGGGCCAUCUGAACUUUGAGGCUUUUGUCCAGUUCCAGGAAUACUGUGGCUUUACCAAGGCCAUGGACACUCUGCGCGGCAUGAAGCUGAUGCUCAGAGGAGACGAUGGAAAGGCAGUGGCUUGCAACAUCAAGGUAACGUUUGAUACCAGCAAGCACCUGAGUGAGUUAGCUGUGAAGAGAAGGAGCCUGGAGAGGAUGAAGUUACAGGAGCUGGAGAAGCAGAGAGAGGAGCAGAAACGACGAGAGAAGGAAGAGGAAGAGCGCCGCAAGGAGGAGGAAAGGAAACAGAAGGAGCAGGAAGAGGAGGAGAAGGAGAGGAGGAAAGAAGAGAGGCUGCGGAAGCGUGAGCAGAAGCUUCGGGAGAGAGAGCAAAGGAGGAACCUGAAGAGGGUGAGGCGACAGCAGGAGGAGGAGCAGAGGAAGCUGCAGAUGAAGAUUGCAAUGGAGGAGAGGAGGCUCCUGCUGGCGCAGCGCAACCUUGAAUCUAUACGACUCAUUGCUGAGCUGCUGGCCAGGGCCAAGGCCGUGAAGCAGCAGCAACAGGAGAAAGAGAGGGCUGAACGCGAGGAACAGGAAAAGCAGGAGCAGGCUCGGCAGAAGGAGGAAUUAGCCCGGCUUCAGCAGCUGGAGGCCUGUCGACGCAAGCAGGAGGAGGAGCUCCGAAGGGUGGAGGUGGAGAAGGAGCGAGCACUGGAGCUGCAGCGCCGAGAGAAGGAGCUAAGAGAGAAACUGCUUUGCAACCUGUUGAAGAAGAGCAAUGGAAGAACCUCAAAUCCUCCAGGCAUGCAGGACCAGGCUGACCCUGUAACGACUGAGGAGGCCUCUGUUCCUGCCGGCACUGAUGUGAUGUUGGAAGUACUGGGCCGGGUGAACGGAGUGAAGGCAGCUGAGAGCAAAGAGAAACGAAUGUCCAAAUCUAGUGCACAUGCACACGUUUCAGGGAAAAACAGAGCAACAGAGGAGAGGAGGGGAGUGGAGGACAGGAAGAAGAGCCGGGAGGGAAGGAGUGAAGAAGUGGGGAGGAGCAGGUAUAGCAGUGAGCGAGUGAGGGAGCAGGACCGCUCCCACAGAAAUAGGAGCUCCCACAGCAGGGGGAGGAGGAGGCGCUCCCACAACAGGAAGCGAAAGAGCUCGAGCCGCCACAGGAGGAGCGCCAGUCGUCAAAGGAGGAGCUUCAAUCACCGUGGGAGCAGGAGGCGCAGCCAUAGCAGCAGGAGCACAAGCUCGAGUAGAGAGAGGAGCAGGAGCAGCAGUGGGAGGAGUUACAGCAGGGGGAGGAGUCAUAAAUAUAAUCAUCGUAGAUACAGCAGAGGCAGCUCCAGGAGCAGCAAUAAAACUAGAGACAGGCGAAGUCAUAGUCAUUACAGUCGAAGAUACAGGAGACACAGUAACAGUAGAGACAGGAGCCACUCGAGACAACAUUAAACUCAUCAGUGUAAUCAGUUGAUUAACUGAAAUUUUUAGAUAUUUUUGGUCCUUUGAUUAAGUAAUUUGGCAGUGCACCAAACAGCAGCAGAAGGAAAUCUUAGGUAUUUAAAAAAAUCCCAAAUAAAAUUCUAAUCUACUCUACCGAAUCAGCUGAAACAACAUAUGUACGUGUACCAUGUAUGUGUAAGGCAUAUAAGUUGUUGUACUUGAUUCUAGAGAGUUGCUUUUACCUUUUUUAGUCUUUUUUUUUUUUUUUUCACAUUUCAUAUCGUUGGAUUGAAGCUGCUGACAUAAAAGACCAAAUUACUGUUUGAUUUCACUAUAUCGUUAUUCUUUGCCAUGUGUAAUUUACCUUAAAACUCAACACUGAAAAUUAGAAUAGCAAGAAUAAACAUAAUUGAAUAUUAAAAUUUGGUUCAGAUUUAGUGAUCCACUAUACCUACGCACAAAUCACUGAUAUGAAUUAUAUUGGCAGUUGAGAAAACAAACUAGCCUGUUGAUGACCUUUAUUUUCUCCAGUUUGUCAUUGUGCAUGAACAGCAGUGGGCUAUAGACAGUGGCAGGUACAGAGAACAGAUUGUGUGUGUUACUUUUGAUGUGGCACCAGGCUGUUCAUCCACACCUGCAGCCUGACUUCAGAAAAUAAAACACGGCAUCCUGUACUGACAUUUAAUCAGCAUGAAGUUUCAAACACUUUUACAUCAAGCCUCCUACAAGCACCUGAACUGCUCUGCGUGGCUGCCAUAGUUGUGGAAGACUUUCAAGCGGGCUACUGGACUAUAAUGAACGGCUGCUGCUCCAUUACAAAUGUGUAGUUUCCGCAGACUGUAAGACUCAUAGCUCUGUGUUUAGGCCGACUGGUAGACCUACUGGUGUCAUUGUCAUGUGUUAGCUGCCUAAAAUAUUUCUUGGAAUACUGGCUCAGUAUUGGCUGUGUUGUUGUUAAGCAGCUCAGAAAAACACAACUACAACAAUGGACAGCAUAGUUUCAGUUAAGAAAGACUGAUUUUUGAAUUUCUGAAUGUUUGGAAGAACUGUUUUCUCUGCAAGUAAAGAGUGAGGAGUUGUGAGAGUUGGCUUGUGUGAAAACUUAGGUUGUGUCCGAAAUCACUUCCUAUUUACUGUAUAGUGCUACUACAUUUACCCUUUGCCAUUUUUUCUGAGUGUCCGCAUUAUGAGUGUAUCCACUGUAUCGUGCCCUGAAAAAUGGAACAAAAAAAGUGGUGUACAUGGCAUUUAAACUAUUUAGCGUCCAUUAUAUAGGGAGUAGUGAAUGAGAGAAUGAUUUCAGACACAGCCUUGAUGUUUCACUUCAUAACGAUUAUGGCAUCGUGACAUACUGGGCCUGACUCCGCAAGCAGCGCACUCCCUCUUUCCUUGGUCAUAUGUGAGUCUUGAAUACAAGUGAUGGAUUUGAGACCACUCUACCUUUUCAAGUUUGAACAAAGUUUAGUCAUUGUCUGGGAUUCAGGUCAAACCAGCACAGUACCAAGUACAAUUGGGCUGCUAGGAUGUGACUCCUGCUUUUAUGCUCAUGCUAUAGUACCAGAUACAUUUCUUACUAGUUACUGUACAGACUGUUCUUUACACUGAAUUUGAGCUUGGGAGAAGUCAGUAUCCAUUUUGUUGACACUUCUAAUUUGACAUAGUUCCUUCUCAUUGCAAAGCUCAUUUCUUCUGUAUACUGUAUGCUCAUGAACUACUAGAGCAUGUCUUUCAUACACAUAGUUAAAAUAAAAAUCCAAGCUGAGAACUUAAAGAAAGCAUUGUUUUCUUUCAAUGUGAGAAGGUGUACUUUGCA